AAUGUCCGAGGCAAAAGAAACAAAUAGUAGGAAAGUUUGGUUGUCAAAAAGAAGAAACAUGGAAUAUAACUUUCUGGAUAAUCAAUCGGCCACCUCCGAUUCAACUAAUUAUCACCUAAUAAAGGGCUAAAACUGUUCACCUUUUAGAGAGAAACUAUUCUCUCUGCUCCUCAACUUCAUCUUCUCCGAUCAACAUCUUCCGAUCAUCCUCCAUUUUCUCUAUCUACUUAAAACCCUAGCCUUUUCUGGUCUAGAGAAUCGGAUCUGAAGGAAGAAAGGUUCUUAUAUUCUAAUGGCGGCGGUGAAAGGGCCGAGGUCUAGAGCUCACUCUGGUGCUCCGGCGAAGGAGAAUUUGCCUAAACUUGAAGAGAGUUUAAAUGCUUUUCGUAAUGAUGGGUUUGAUCCUCAGUCCUAUGUUCAGUCCAAAUGUUCUCUUAACGAGAAGGAAAUAAAGCAUUUAUGCACGUAUUUAAUGGAUUUAAAGAAGGCGUCUGCUGAGGAAAUGCGAAGAAGUGUGUAUGCUAAUUAUACAGCCUUUAUACGUACCUCAAAAGAAAUAUCAGAUCUAGAAGGUGAGCUGCUUUCCAUCAGAAACCUUCUAACCACUCAAGCAGCGCUUAUACACGGACUAGCUGAAGGCGUCCACAUGGAAUCAUCACCAUUAAGUAAUUCUGAAGGGUCUAUUACAAAUGGUACAAGUAACUUUGAGGAAAGGGAACCUUCGGACCUGGAAAAAUGGUUAGUUGAAUUCCCUGAUCACCUUGAUGUGUUGUUAGCGGAAAGAAGAGUGGAUGAAGCAUUGACAGCCCUCGAAGAAGGAGAGCGUGUUGCCUCUGAAGCAAGGGAAACAAAAACACUCAGCCCAGACGUGAUUCGAUCCCUUGAUAUAGCAAUUAAGGAACGGAGACAGAAAAUGGCUGAUCAGCUGGCAGAAGCUGCUUGCCAGCCUACUACUCGUGGUACUGAGCUUCGUGCUGCCACAUCAGCUCUAAAAAAACUUGGUGAUGGUCCCCGUGCUCACACCUUACUUCUCAGUGCACAUUUACAAAGAUACCAGUAUAACAUGCAAAAUAUCCGCCCGUCAAGUAGCUCUUAUGGAGGAGCCUACACUGCUGCCCUUUCCCAGCUGGUCUUUUCCGCCAUAGCUCAGGCAGCCAGUGAUUCUUUAACCAUAUUUGGUAAUGAACCAGCUUACACUUCUGAGCUAGUAACAUGGGCUGCACAGCAAAUAGAAGCAUUUGCUCAACUUGUGAAAAGGCAUGCUCUAGCUUCAUCGUCAGCAGCAGGAGGUCUCAGAGCAGCUGCUGAGUGUGUUCAGAUAGCUUUAGGCCAUUGUUCAUUGUUGGAAGGUCGUGGUCUUUCACUGUGUCCAACACUAGUUAAACUCUUCAGACCUAGUGUUGAACAAGCAGUGGAUGCUAAUUUUAAAAGGAUAGAGGAGAGUACUGCUGCUUUAGCAGCUGCUGAUGAUUGGGUUUUGACUUUGCCACCUAGCAUUCGCCAGUCUGGGAGAUCUUUGAGCACUUCAGUUGCUAGCAUGGCAGGAUACCAGUACAAGCUUACAAGUAGUGCUCAUCGUUUUAUCUUGAUGGUCCAAGACUUCUUUGAGGAUGUGGGGCCACUUCAGAGUAUGCAGCUGGGUAGUAAAACAUUAGAAGGUGUUUAUCAGGUUUUUAACUCAUAUAUUAACAUGCUCAUAAAAGCAUUACCAAAUUCAUUGGAAGAAGCAAAUUUUGAGGGCACUGGAAACAAACUUGUUAAUAUGGCUGAGAAUGAAUACCAACAAAUUGCAUUAUUGGCAAAUGCAUCACUAUUGGCCGAUGAGCUACUUCCUCGUGCUGCCAUGAAACUUUCUCAAAACAAUCAAGCAGAUUAUGAUGAUUCUCAUAGACGAACUUCAGAUAGACAAAAUCGUCAUCCUGAGCUCAGAGAAUGGAAAAGGAGUCUCGUGAGUUCAGUUGAUAGGCUCAAAAGUAGUUUCUGUCAGCACCAUGCUCUGGAUCUUAUCUUUACUGAAGAGGGUGCGAGUAAUCUUACAGCUGAAAUAUACUUAAAUAUGGAUGCUAGUACGGAAGAUAUUGAAUGGUUUCCUUCGCCAAUAUUCCGGGAACUUUACUUCAAACUUAAUACGAUGGCUAUUAUUGCGGCCGAGAUGUUUGUCGGAAAAGAAAGGUUUGCUACCCUGCUGUUAAUGAAACUCACAGAGACUAUUAUCUUAUGGUUGUCUCAAGAUCAAAGCUUCUGGGAUGAUAUUGAGGAUGGUCCUAAGCCUUUAGGCCCUCUCGCCCUUCAACAGCUCUACCUGGAUAUGAAAUUUGUUAUCUGCUUUGCUUCUCAAGGUCGUUACCUGUCUCGUUACUUAGUCCGAGUCAUCAAUGAAAUCAUAUCUAAAGCUCUUGCAGCUUUUCAAGCCACGGGCAGAGAUCCUUAUAGUAUACUACCUGAAGACAACUGGUUUAACGAAAUCUGUCAAGAUGCAAUUGACACACUGAGUGGAAGGCCGAGAGAAAUCAAUGGGGACCGUGAAGUAAAUAGCCCAACAGCUUCGGUCUCUGCUCAGUCAGUGUCCUCAUACAGGUCUCAUGGAAGCUCUUAACAGCUCUAUCUUGCUCAUCUGUACAUUAAGGCUAAAAUUGAGACCGUCUCCAAAAUUUUCCUAAAGAUCUUUGUUUAUAGUGUAAUAGAAAGAUUCAUUUGUUCCCGCUUUAUUUUUUCCCUUGAUUCUCAUUUUCAUUCAAUUUAUCGCAUUUUCUGGUGCGGAGAUUGCUUGUAAUUCUGUAGAUUAAUUACCAACAGAUGGUUUCAGGUUUAGAAAUGUGUCAUUCGGGAACAAGUUUGUAAUUACAUGCGCAUUGAUUAUAAGAUCUAGAGCUAUUCUUUGAAUCUAUUUGUUCGGUGUACUUGUGUUCAACACUCCUAGGUCGUUGUGGAGAUUGAAAUUCUAUUACAAAUACAUCCUUCUGAGUUCUGAGUUUUUUUCCUCAUAUUUUCUUAUGUGAGAGCUUGAAUCUCUGUUGGUCAUAAUUCUAUAAGCGGAAUAUAUUUUCUUAUCCCAACACCAAUUAACAAAUACUCC